AUGUCGAAUCAAUCACAAAAUUCCACUCCUCCCGGCCAUAAGCGAACCAAUGAAGGAAAUAAUAGCCCACAAUCCUCAAACCCCGAAUCAACUUUGGAUUCUAAAACAAUUACACGGCCAGCAAAAAAACGAUUUACAACUGCCAGGGACAGACGACAACAUCUUAAUCGACGCUAUGCAAAAGUUGCCGAGGAAUGGAGAGAGCGCAACAACGAGCCGGGAGAAUCGGUUGAUAGAGAUAACGAACCCGCAUGUGAUGAAGAUACCGAACAAGUCGACAAGGGAGACGCAAAAGAACCCAGAAAACCCAAAAGAAAAGUUGCCGCUUUGGUGGGAUUUUGUGGAACUGGGUAUCAAGGCAUGCAAAUAAACCCAAAUGCCAAAACCAUUGAAGGUGACCUUUUUAAGGCUUUCGUAGCCGCUGGAGCAGUUUCCAAGGAUAAUUCUGAUGAUCCCAAGAAGGUCAGUUUAAUGCGAGCAGCACGAACAGAUAAAGGAGUACAUGCGGCCGCGAACGUAAUUUCAUUAAAGAUGAUCGACAUUCCUGACCUAGUACAGAAAAUCAACGAGAAUUUGCCCGAUCAGCUUCGAAUGUGGGGUUUUGUUCGUGUAAUUCGGUCAUUUCACGCCAAGACACUUUGCGACUCGCGCAUAUACGAAUAUCUUAUACCAUCAUAUGUUUUCCAACCGGCACCUCCUAAAACUUCACCCACGCCCCAUGCUGCUGAACCAACGCUGGUCAAUGAACAGUCACAAGAUAAUUCGUUCCGAAAGCCAUGGGUGAAUAUACCGGUUGCUACUCCAGAAGAGAUGGUUGAAAAGAGGACGUACCGUAUUCCUGCUGAUACAUUGUAUGUUGUCAGACAAGGUUUUAGAGAGUAUGAAGGAACACACAACUUUCAUAACUUUACUAGUGGGAGGACGUAUCAUGAACGAAGUUGUGACAGGUAUAUAGUGAAAUUUGAGGUGAGCUCGCCAAAGAUGAUUAAUGAUACAGAGUGGCUCAAGUUGAAAGUUCAUGGUCAGUCAUUCAUGUUGCAUCAAAUAAGAAAAAUGGUUGCUUUAAUUGUUAUGGUUGUGAGAAGUGACACCCCACUGUCCUUGAUCGCCAAAACUUUCAACAUUGAGAAGAUUAAUAUCCCCAGAGCUCCAUCAUUAGGACUAUUGCUCGAACAGCCUAUAUUUAAAUCAUACAACAGAAAGGCAGAAGCAGGGGGAAGAGAGACGGUUGACUUUGCAAAGUAUAGUCAAGAAAUAGAAAAGUUUAAAGAAGACUUUAUUUAUUCCAAAAUAUAUGAAGAAGAAUUUGCAGAGAAUGUGUUUCAGAAUUGGUUAAAUGCAAUGGAUGUGCAUUUCGACGAUAGUUACUCUUACUUAAAUCCGGAAGGUAUAAUUCCUGAGAAAGCAAUUGCCAAACCUGGUGAAAAUAGGAACGCCUAUCCACAAGAAGAUCACGAUGACCACAAUUACCAAAGACCAACCUAUCGUCAACAACCCGAAUUUACCAAAUGGACCAGUGGAAACAAACUCAUAGACGACUUGAUCAAAGAAACUCAAUUGAAUGCUCAAGAUAAAACAGAAUAUAUAGAAUGGAUACCAUAUAAACAGUUUACCGGUGUAAACUAUUUGACGAUGGGAAGUUUUGCUAAAAUAUACACGGCGAUAUGGAAAGGUGGAUUGAGGCAAUUGUGGGAUGAAAAGACGCAGCAGUUUGUUAGACACGGAGAUCGGAAAGUUGUGCUAAAGGAGGUGCUAAUGGAAUCUAACAAGGGUUCUGACAUCAAAGCCUACAUUGAAGAAAUGCGCCUUAACCUGGUUUGCAGACAUAGUCAUAACAUCCUCCCUCUUUAUGGAAUAACCCAAAAUCCACAAUCCAAGUCAUACAUGCUGGUUAUUCAAUAUGCAAGUGGUGGUGAUUUCUCGCGCUACCUGUCAACUCACUUUUCGUCCCUCACCUGGGAACCUAAAUUAUUAAUGUUGACCGAAAUAGCUCGUGGAUUGAAAGUAAUGCAUUCAGCUGGGCUGAUUCAUCGUGGUCUCCACGCUAGCAAUAUAGUCUACAGAGGCAACGAUCCUACUAUUGCAGACCUAGGCAUAUGCGGACCUCUGAACAAGGCACAUGAUAGUAAAUAUGUAUGUGUUCCAUAUACGGCACCCGAGGUGCUUGGAGGGGCUGAAUAUACCCAGAAAUCAGACAUAUUCAGUCUUGGCAUUCUAAUGUGGCAGAUAACAUCUGGUGAUAAACCGUAUUCGGAUAUGCAAUCCUCUGAGAAGGUCAAUCUCGCCAAUUAUGUCAAGAGGGGACUGCGUCCGUCUGUCGUGCCCAACACUCCCGAGUGUUAUGUUAAGCUCAUGAAAAAAUGUUGGGACGAUGAGCCCGACAAUAGACCCGACAUUGAAGAAGUAGUCGAGACUCUGCACGAAUGGGUUUCAGCGAUAAAAAACGAGAGAGAAAAUAGAAAAAGAAAAAAUGACGAAAAUAUUCGCCUAAAGAGCGCUAUUGAUUGCGCAAAUGUUGGUAGCGCAGUAGGCGGAAUAUUCCUGGAUGCGGACGAGGUUACAAAGACUAGAGUAUGUACUGAUAAAAGCAAGAGUGUGGCGUCUGAUGAAAUGUAUAAAAGUUAUGAUCUAAGCGUUCUUACUUUAAAUGGAUAA